AAGUUUGAGAAGAGUGGGACGACUCUGCUGAGGGCAGUCUGACUCCUUAAUCAGCUGCUUGCCCUGCUGUCUUUUGAGUUUUAUUUUUCAAAAGCUGUCAUCUGUCAGACUUCACCCAAAUGACAGUUAAUCAAGAAAGGCCGAUGACUUACUCCAAAAUGAGAGGACUUGUGACUUUCCUUUCAGCUCUCCUCAAGGGGAAGAAAGUAGGAUUUAGUGAGUUCAUUCACAAACAUGUUUCCAGUCAACAACUCUGCCAACACCUGGACACUCAGAAACUCCUGCAGCGUCAAAGCAAGCUGAAGCGGGCGAAAGGGGGAAAAGCUACCUUGAACUCAGUGAACACUGAAGCCUCGCAGAUUAAACCAUCAGACUUUGACUACCUCAAAGUUAUAGGGACCGGAAGUUUUGGAAAGGUGCUGCUGGCAAGACACAGGAAACAAGGAGCCUACUACGCAGUUAAAGUUCUGCAGAAGCAGAUGAUCAUCAAGAGAAAAGAGCAAAGGCAUGUGAUGGUUGAGAGGAGUGUGUUGGUAAAGGGACUACAACAUCCAUUCCUAGUGGGACUCCAUUUCUCUUUCCAGACACCAAACACUCUCUAUUUUGUCCUGGACUAUGUUAAUGGAGGAGAGCUUUUCUACCACCUGCAGAGGGAGGGGUCAUUUCCAGAGCCUAGAGCUGCUUUCUACAGCGCAGAGAUGGCCGCAGCAUUGGGUUACCUCCACUCUCUAAACAUUGUUUACAGAGACCUUAAACCAGAAAAUAUCCUGCUGGACAGCGAGGGCCAUGUGAUGCUAACAGACUUUGGCCUUUGUAAAGAGGGUGUGGCCACUGGUGAGAUUAUGCACACCAUCUGUGGUACUCCAGAAUAUCUUGCUCCAGAGGUGCUACAAGGCCAUCCAUAUAAACCAGCUGUGGACUGGUGGGGACUCGGUGUUGUGCUUUUUGAAAUGCUGUGUGGACUGGUGAGUCCUCCUUUUUACAACCACAGUAAAGUACAGAUGUUUGAGAACAUUCUUCACGCUCAUCUGCAGCUGCCCAGCACCUUGUCUGAAGGUGCUUGCUCAGUCUUAAAGGGCCUAUUAGAGAGAGAUAUCUCCAAACGACUAGGGGAGAGCCGUGACAUUGAAGAGCUGCAGGAACAUCCCUUUUUCACUUUCAUCAACUGGGAUGACCUUGUGGCAAGAAAAGUUAAACCCCCGUUCAUCCCAAAUGUGUCUGGUCCUUGUGAUAUCAGCUACAUCGAUCCUGAGUUCACACUACAACCUGUUCCUACCUGUGUGAAUGAGAGGUGCCAGGCAGCCAGCGAGGCCUUCCCUGGCUUCUCCUUCAUAAACCCAGCGGAGUACAUGGCAGUUCCUUAACUGUAUCAAAUCCUCUUAGAGAAUGCUUGUUCAAAGAUUUAUUUUGUUAUGUAUUAAUAAAUGUAUUUUUUAAGCACUUGGGCAAAAGAUUCAAACUUUGAGAUGCCGUCUACGACAUGUUUCAUUGGUUGCACUUGAUUAAAUGAUAAUAUUUUUUAAAUUUAAAAUGUUAUGUCAGUGUCAGUACAUUAUAUGAGAUAGGCUGGUCUCUAUUUCAAGAGUGCAUUAACGUAUUCCAAUGAACAAUAAACACGUAGAUGUUUUUUUAA